UCAAAUCCGUCACCAUCAUCAAUAAGUCUGGUUCGUUCAAACCCAAAACCUAACAAACAUAAUCAAAAUCCCUGCCUGCUACUGCUUAAUGUAAUAGAAAGUAAAGGGAUUGUAGGGGGGGGUUUUCGUUUUCAUCUAAAAAGAAUUGGGAUCUAGCUUAGGCAUUUUGCUUUCCCGUUUAUUUUUUGUAGCAGCUGGUGCCGAGUUUUGAUAGGCUGUUGGUAAAAAAAAAAAUGGAAGGGAAUUCAGGAGGCGGCGGAGCUGACAGAGGAGGAAACGACGUGGAACUGCUUUGCAAAACUCUUCAGGUGGAACACAAGCUUUUCUACUUCGAUCUCAAGGAGAACCCACGCGGUCGUUAUUUGAAAAUCUCGGAAAAGACAUCGGCUACCAGGUCCACCAUCAUUGUCCCCUCCUCUGGCAUAUCCUGGUUCCUCGACCUUUUCAAUUAUUACGUAAACUCCGACGACAACGACCUCUUCAGCAAGGAAUUGCAGCUCGACACUAAGGUCUUUUACUUUGACAUUGGCGAGAAUCGCAGGGGUCGUUUUUUGAAGGUAUCUGAAGCAUCUGUCAGCAGGAACCGCAGUACCAUUAUUGUGCCAGCAGGAAGUACCAGAGAUGAAGGGUGGGCAGCAUUUAGGAACAUAUUGGCAGAUAUCAAUGAGGCAUCAAGACUCUUUGUAUUGCCCAAUCAGCAAAGCUCGGAACCAUCGGAACGUCUUGUUGGGCUCUCAGAUGAUGUAGGGGCUGGAUUCAUAUCUGGACACAGCCAGGCUGCCUCAACUUCUGAAUUGAAAGUGGACAGAUCAGUGGAGUUGCCAACACAGGAUGAAAUUGGUAACAUGGGGGUUUCAAAGGUGAUCCGAGCUGAUCAGAAGAGAUUUUUCUUUGAUCUUGGGAGCAACAACAGAGGACAUUUCUUGAGGAUAUCAGAAGUUGCAGGUUCUGACCGGUCUUCUAUCAUUCUCCCACUGUCAGGGUUAAAGCAGUUCCACGAAAUAGUGGGUCAUUUUGUGGAGAUUACAAAGGAUCGCAUUGAAGGAAUGAGCGGCGCAAAUGUUAGAACCGUGGAUCCACCUCAAAGGUGAAUGGCAUUGCCAGCGGGAACAUGGUGUGAAUUGGGUGAAAUAAAUAAUUGUGAUUCUGUCAAAGUUUGCUUCGAACCCUGUAAUAGUUGUUUGAUAAGUGGUGAUUGUCUGUUCUCAUUCAAGCCUCAAAAUAAUCCCCAUUUUAUCUGUUUGAUCAACAUAGAUAUGGUGUGUGAAGUUUAGUUUCAUAGGAAUAACGGACACCAUUUGGAUGAUUAUAAUUUGUCAGUUUGAUAGUGUGGCAGGCACCUUCAUUACCUUGCUGAUAAUAAGCUUAUUUCAUGUGUAAUUUUCAUUUUCAGGACGGAAUGUUUAUUUCACUUUUUAAACAAAAAUUGCUUGGACUGGUUGCCUCUUGGGUUUCUAA